CGGGUCACGUUAUGUUGGAGCUUGGCUGGCUGCGGAGGCUCGGUGCGCUUCCUUUCCGAACCUGCCUCCACUUCCAGUAAACCCUCGCUCGCAGAGUUUACGGGAAAGCGGAAGAGAGGAGAGAACCGGGCCGGGAAUCCUAUAAAAUAAAUAAAAUACAAAAAGCCCCGGUGUCGAGGCGCUGCGUCGGACACACGGCUGUAAUCUGACCGGAGGAGCUGCGCUCACCGCGGGCUGGAUGACGAGCUGCUCCUCGCCUUCAUUCUAGGUGCACCGGAGUCGACAUGGGAAAUUAAUAGUUGUCAUCGCCCUCAGUUUAACUGAAGUCAUGGAUGCAAGCUGGAAGAACUGCUUUGAAGAGGAGCUCCUCUGCCCCAUCUGUCUGAAUGUUUUCGAUGAGCCGAUCCAGUUGCCGUGCAAGCACAACUUCUGCAAAAGUUGCAUCUCUGAGGCCUGGGCCAAAGACAACGCAGCGGUCCGCUGCCCCGAGUGCAACCACGACUACAACCAGAAACCCACACUGGAGAAGAACUUCAAGCUCGCCAGCAUCGUGAAGCACUUUAACGCUUUGAACACUGAGAAAGUCCCCGCUGUGCUGCACUGUGUGCUCUGCAGACGGGGCCCGCCGCUGCCUGUGAGGAAAGUGUGCCUGCGCUGCAAAGAGCCCUGUUGCCAAACCCAUAUCCAGACUCAUCUCCAGCAGCCGUGCGCAGCGCCGGGACACCUGUUGGUUGACGUCGAGGAGCUGAGCGCGUGGACCUGUCCCAGUCAUGAGGAAUACAGGCUGCUGCACUGUGAGGAGGAGCAGGUGGCUCUGUGCGCUUUCUGCUGCAUCUCCCACUGCACUAAUCAAAGGCACACGGUGUGUGCAGUGGACCAACAACAAGUUCAAAUACAGGCCAUGCUAAUGAGUCAACAAGACAAACUGGAUCGUCGUGUUCAGAACAUCGAGGGGCAGCUCAGCAAGCUGGAGUCAGACAAGACCCUCAUGAAGGAGGCUGUCUCUGAGCUGAAGGAGCGAGUCAGGGCGCAGUAUCAGAGGAUGCAUGCGCUGCUAGAAGCGAACCAAGCGGAGGCCGUGCAGAUGCUGGAGAGCGUUUACAUCAAAUACGUGAGGAAGAACUCCCAGCAGGCUCUGCUGCUCAACGAGAAGCGGCAGGAAGCAGAAAAACUCCUGAGCUCCGUCCACAUGUUCCUCCAAAGAACAGAGAGUAUAAACUCCAUGAAGAACACAAAACCUUACCAGCUGCUAAUGGACAGGUCAAACUUACACCUAAGUGGUGCCAUCCCCCCACUCAGGGUGGGCCAGCUCAACUCUCACUAUUUCCUCUCCGACCUUUUAACGAGGGAGAAGAACUUGAGAAAAAUGCUUGAAGAACCGUUGAAUGAAGCGCCUGUUCUUGAGAUUGUCCAGUCUCACAGCAGCUCUGCUGACUCCCAGCUGGGAGCAAGUUCAGGACUACACAAGAGAAAAUACAGCAUGGCUUUCCUGGAGAGUAACUCUGAAAACUCCAACUCCCAGAAUCCUCAGCCUUUGCUCUACGGCAGCAAAAAGGCCUUCAUGACGGAUCAAACUCACCAUGCCUCGUCUGUGUAUUCCUCAGAAGUCCUCCCCCAGAAUCCUCACCCCUCCAGUCGCCUCUUGGACUCGGCAGCCCAUCACAUGGUGGGUCUGGGUUCUAGCUCAAGCCACCACUCAGGAAACUUAUUCCCGUCCUCUCACUUUCCCGGUGGAGGACCCUCGCAACAAGCCAUGUACGAAGGGAGAAAAGUAUUGAUGUGCACUCUGAAUAACUGCUGCUGCUCCAGAGCCCCCGCUGCUCGCACCCAGCCUCCGUACCCGGCGUCGGACUCCUUCCCCUCCAUGGCCUCUCAGGAGUUUCCCCCACACGGCCCGCUUCCUGCAACUCAACCAUUGCAGCAUUUUCCCAUGAGGGGGCUGAUGGAGGCAUCGCAGACCGCCAGGCACGCCGAUUUCUACGGCCUGUACGGCCAAUCCUCAACCAAGCAUUACGGGACCAAGUGACAAACCUCAAUCAGUGCUGGUUCUGUUACAGCAUCAAAACUGGUUUCAAGAUUUUUAUAUAAUCUUUUUUUUUUUUUUUCAAAUCAUGUCGCUAACAGUCCGUUAUGACUUAUUUUGUCUGUUUAACAGCACUUACUGAUCA